AUGGCGCUGCCCUGUGUGAGGCUGGGAGCUGUGCGGCUCCACUCUGGGGCCCUGUACAGGUUCCUAUGUACAAGCCGUAGCCACCAAGCCGCUGCAGCUGCAGAAGAAAUAGAAAUUCCAAGGAAAAAGACCUGGGAUAAAACAGCUGUCUUGCAGGCACUAGCCUACACCGUAAACCAUGACCCAACAUCGGCUCUCUAUAAUUUUCAAGAUGACCCUUUCCUCACACCAAAAUCAAUGAGUGAUUCUAUUACAUUUUCCAUGUCUAAGGAGUCUGGAAGAAAUGCUGCAAAAUAUAUUGUGAAUAUGUAUCCCAAUCUGUUUGAGAGCCAACUAGCCGAGCCUCACAUUCCACUCCUGAUGCCGGAGACAGUCCAGCCACAAAUUGAAGGAAUUUGCGAGGAAGCCUUGACUGAGCGUGUUAAGCUCCGAAAAGUCAAAGAGUCUGUGGACUUGUAUGAUCAACUUCUUCAAGCCGGAACACCACCAUCUCUAGAGACCACAAAUAGACUUCUAGAUCUUCUGUGCUUUUACGGUGAUAGAGAGCCUUCAUCGGAGAGUCAGCCAAAUGAAUCAGACCAGGAGAACGAAAAUACAAUUGACCAGAAGUAUCCAUAUUCCAAGUUCAAGUCAGAAGUGAAGAGUUGGAGGGAUAACAACAAUGCAGAGAGAAUUUUUAACCUAAUGCCAGAAAAAGAUGAGCAUUCCUUCCGUACCAUGAUUCGAGGAAUGGUGAAGCAUGGAGCUUCCAGCAAGGCAUUUGACAUGUACACAGACCUUCUCAAUAACAGGCUAACAGGAGAUGUACACACUUUCAAUGCUCUGAUCACAGCAGCUUCAAGAGUUAAAAAUGACAGCCAGGAGAAGUGGACUCUGAUUCUGGACCUGCUUAAUCAGAUGACUCAGCAAAAGGUUCAGCCAAAUUUACACACCUUCAACUCCGUCCUAAAAAGCUUGAAGAAGACUGGCCUAGUAAGAAUUGCAUUUCCAAUACUCAUGGAGAUGAAAGCCCUGAAUAUUGAGCCGAGUCUUGGAACAUUCAGCCACUUCAUUGGGACUUUUUCAAAGUCUCGUAAUGGAUUGCAGUGUGCUGAUAUUCUUGAUAAGAUUCUUCAACAUAUCGAAGGAAAGAGCUUUACAGCCCAAGAUCCAGAUGACGCGAACUUCUUUGCAUCUGCAAUGCAAGUGUGUGUGGAUAUAAAGGAUCUAGAAUUGGCUUAUAGAGUGGAUGCCCUGAGAAACACUGGAGACAACUGGAAAUUUGUUGGAAGUCGCGUCGCGCAGAGUCACUACUAUACCAGGCUUUUUAAUAUCAUCUGCCUGCAGGAGAACAUUGAUGGUGUUCUAAAGUGGUAUAGAGAGAACGUUCCUUCUAGGUAUAUUCCAUAUACAGAUGGCAUCUUGGAUGUCCUGCAUGUGAUAGAGAUGGAGAAUCGCUUUGAUCUCAUUCCUCAGAUCUGGAAAGAUAUCUCCUUGAUCGGCUAUUCAAAGAAGGAUAUUUUGAUUAAAGAAUGUCUCCUCAUAAUGACAAGAGAGAAGCAGAAUCCAGAGCUCCAGGGUGAGUUUGCCAAUAUUGCCGCAGAUAUGAAAGCCAUCUGUGAAGAUGAGAUCUCAUUCUCCAGGAUGAAGCCAUCUGUAACCAUCCUAGGAAAUAUCAUUAUCCUGCUGUGCAGAGCUGGGAGAAGUGAGGAAGCCUGGGUGACGCUGAAGUCCUUCAAGUCCAAAAAUCUGGUUCCUCAGUUACAUGUGAUUGAAGAGCUCCUGCACUGUGCUAGGGCGUCUGGCAGCACCAAUAUGGCCAUUGACCUUGUGCAGCUGGCCGUCAGCUACAGCUUGCCAGACAUAGCUAAGCUUGCUCAAACCACGCUGGAUGAGUUCACCCUUACUGAAGAGCAAAGGAUAACCCUGCAAGACCUGACUCAGAACAGCAAGAGUAGUAGUAGUAGUAGUAGCAGUGACAGUGAUCACGACUGA